GUGCAUCGAAGCGUUUCGCGAUUUCGCGCAUUGAGGGCACGACUUAAUGUAUGCUUCUGCUUUAUCUCUUGCUAUAAGCGAGGUGUGGUUUAUCGUGACUGAUCUGGACUGAUCGAGACCAGCGGAAACUGAAUUUUCGAGUUUUGAUUACGGUUAAACAUUGUUAAAAUAAACCAACGACAACGAAAAGAACAGAAUGCUCGGCCGUCUUCCAGCGUGUGUAAUCGAUGUAGGCACGGGUUACACCAAGCUAGGCUUCGCUGGCAAUAAGGAGCCCCAACUUAUGAUACCGUCUGCGAUUGCCAUUAAAGAAACUGCAAAAGUUGGAGACAGCAAUGCUAGAAGAAUCACUAAAGGUGUCGAAGAUUUAGAUGCUUACAUCGGGGAUGAAGCUUUCGAAGCAACUGGAUAUUCCAUAAAAUAUCCAGUUAGACACGGACUAGUAGAAGAUUGGGAUUUAAUGGAAAAAUUCCUGCAACAAUGCAUUUUUAAAUAUCUCAGGGCGGAACCCGAAGAUCAUUAUUUUUUACUUACCGAACCACCAUUAAACACCCCCGAAAAUCGAGAAUACACCGCCGAGAUAAUGUUUGAAUCGUUCAAUGUACCGGGUCUUUAUAUCGCGGUACAAGCUGUAUUGGCGAUAGCUGCCUCUUGGACAGCUAAAAGCGUGGACGACAGAACAUUGACGGGUGUCGUUGUUGAUAGUGGGGACGGAGUGACGCAUGUAAUUCCAGUUGCAGAAGGUUUUGUCAUUGGAAGUUGUAUAAAACACAUUCCUAUCGCUGGACGUGACAUUACAUACUUUAUACAAAGUUUGUUAAGAGAACGCGAAAUCGGAAUACCACCCGAACAAUCGUUAGAAACAGCUAAAGCAAUAAAAGAAAAGCAUUGUUACAUAUGUCCAGAUAUCUCAAAAGAAUUCGCUAAAUACGACAGCGAUCCUACAAAGAUAAAAAAGUACGAAGGUAUCAACAGUAUUACCAAGCAGUCUUUUGUCGUAGACGUUGGAUACGAAAGGUUUCUUGGACCAGAGAUAUUCUUUCAUCCCGAAUUCUCUAAUCCAGAUUUCACGACGCCUCUAAACGAAAUCGUGGACGACGUAAUACAAAAUUGUCCGAUAGACGUUAGAAGGCCAUUGUAUAACAACAUUGUAUUAUCGGGUGGUUCUACGAUGUUCAAAGACUUUGGUAGGCGAUUACAACGCGAUAUAAAACGAAUCGUCGAUGCUCGUCUCAAGCUUAGCGAAACAUUAAGUGGAAGUCAUAUUACGCCGAAGCCUAUAGACGUUCACGUUAUAUCUCAUCAUAAACAACGCUGCGCGGUAUGGUAUGGCGGUGCUUUAUUAGCUGGCGAUCCUGAAUUUUAUACGGUGUGUCACACUAAAAAAGCUUAUCAAGAAUAUGGUCCUGGAAUAUGUCGUUACAAUCCCGUAUUUCACAGUAUGGUGUAAAAUAAAUAAAAAGAUACAACUGGUAUUCAGGAAACAUUACAUGGACCAAUGGUCGAAAUUUAACUUGACGUCUUUAAGGUUAUCAUUCUGUUAAUAAUUUAUCUGACUUUCAAUUUUUUCACUUGCGGUGAUGCUACAUUUAAUAAGAUAGGCUGAGUGUUUUUACUAUCUAAUUCUUAUCGAAAAGAAUUACAAAGAAUGCUCGGUAUUGUACUAGGAAACGCACACGAACAUGUUCUUAUGCUCAUCGAGUAUUACAUUAUUAUGUAAGAGAAGAUAUUUGCAUUUAAUAAAGAAACAGGAUAGAUCGAUAUAAAGAAUAAAUGUUCCAUUAGCAAAACUGAUUAAAAACAAUUGAUGGGAUUAUAUGUAAUACUAAGCGAUUGUAUAGAUCUGUACAUAAAAUAAGUCUAUUGGAAAAUAAUAAUUCUUUUUUAACGAAUCACGUUCAUAGAAUAAUUUACAUCAUCCCGUGUAAAAUGUUUCGCUAACAAGAUAAUUACGAGAUAGUAUCUAUGUAUAAUUCUUACAAUAAUACAGUUUAUUUAUUGUACAUAUAUAUCUUUUUCCGUAUAUACACGUUUUUCAAAAACCGAAUAAAACAUGAUUGUUUCACAAAUUCGAUACAAAUGAUAACAAUACAAGAUCGUAUAAAUAAUUAAUGCACAAGUUCAUACAUACAAUCGAGUAUACAUAGUUUCAAAUACAUGAUAGAUGUUAUAAUUUUACAAUGAUCGUUAUUAAGUGGUACUUGUGUUACCUCGUGUUGAUAUGAAAUUUAUAUUAUCUUCGUAAAAGUUCAUAUGAUCGUUAUUAUAUCUAAAGUAAAAUUUGUCUAUUUUAAUUCAAUUUAUUACUAUACAUCGUAACCUGACUGCCUUAAAUUUGAUCGUUAUUAUCGUAA